UGGGCGCAUGUUCUGAGCCAAUCAACGAAAGACUUGGGGUUGGUAUCCAGGAAGUUCAGGGAAAAGGGAGGUCCGCAAAAGUGAACGUGAAUGUAGCCAGAUAGUUUCACUUUCAACAACAGAUUAGGCUGGCUCACCGACUCUUUUAACAUACCUCAACUGACAGACCAUCGCAAUGGACUGGGAAGAGAGCAAUGAAUCUCAUGGUCAUGAUGGCUGCCACGGACAUGGUGGGCAAGGACAUGGCCAUAGUCACGGUCCGGGAGGGCACAACUUCGGUGGGAUGGUCCAUGGGUUCAUGCCUGGUCCUCCCGGUCAGUUUGCUCAAAGGGGUGAAGCCUUGACGGACCCAACACAACAACCCAAGAAGCGCUCCCACAUGGAUGACAGCAGCAGCUGGGAUAUAGUCAAAGCAACACAGUUUGGAAUCCUGGACAGGUGUAAAGAACUGGUUGAAGCAGGGUAUGAUGUGAGACAACCGGACAAAGAGAAUGUUUCAUUGCUGCAUUGGGCAGCCAUAAACAACCGCUUGGAAUUGAUCAAGUUCUACAUCUCUAAAGGAGCUGCCAUCGACCAGCUUGGGGGGGAUCUAAACUCAACACCACUGCACUGGGCCAUAAGGCAAGGCCAUCUGGCCAUGGUGAUCCAACUGAUGCGCUAUGGUGCAGACCCCACCCAGGCUGAUGGGGAGGGCUACCGGGCCCUGCAUCUGGCUGUGCUCUUCCAGCACAUGCCCAUCGCUGCAUACCUCAUGGCCAAAGGACAGGAAGUGGAUGUACCAGACCAAAAUGAACAAACCUCUUUGAUGUUGGCUGCUCAGAAAAUCAUUGGGCCUGAGCCCACAAACUUUCUCCUGAAGUGUAAUGCCUCUGUGAAUGCUGUGGAUAAGGUGAACAGGAACUCGCCGCUGCACUGUGCCGUGCUGGCAGGGAAUGUGGAUGCUGUCCACAUCCUGUUGGAGGCAGGAGCCAGUGUGGACCUAGAGAAUGCCAAUGGUCACACGCCGAUCGAACUGGCACACCAGGUGCACAGCCCCCUUCUUAUUCACAUGCUCAACCACAUCAAACAAGAGAGGAUCAAAUCCAACUCCACGUGCCUCAAAGUCUUCACCAAGUACAGGGUGUGCCUGCAGCUGCUGUUCUGUGUGCUGAUGACGUGGGCUGUCGGGGCCAUAGUGGACAUGAGCUCUGAGUCCUGGCUGCUGAAGGGAGUCCUGCUGGCCUGUGUGUUUGCAGUGAUCAACCUCGCCUUACGACAAACAUCAGGUUACAAUGUCCGAAGCCAGAUCCCUUCCAUGGUUCUCAUCGCAUCUAUAUUCUGGAUGCUCUUCACGUGGUUCAUGUAUUUCAUUCCUGAUGGCCCAAGUGCGACGAUGCAGGUGCUGUUCACCAUCAACGUGACUGCCCUGCUCUACUACUACUUCCGCUGUGGCAGAACCGACCCUGGCGUCAUCAAAGCCACGGAGCAGGAGAAGAAGAAGAAUGUGGUGGUGUUGGCUGAGGCUGGCUGCCUGGAUCCCAGAAUCUUCUGCACUUCCUGCAUGAUGAGAAAGCCAAUGAGAGCCAAUCACUGCCUUACCUGUGACGCCUGCGUCGCUAAGCAAGACCACCACUCAAUCUGGAUUAACGGUUGCAUUGGUGCCAGGAAUCAUCACUACUUCGUCCUCUUCCUGCUCUCCCUCUCCCUCCUGUGUAUCUGGAUGUUCUACGGAAGCCUUGUUUACUAUUCCAGGAACUGCCCACUGCACUACUCUGAAGAGGGGCUGUGGGCGGCCAUCACUGGCCUGGUAGGAUGCUCCCCCUGGGUGCUCUACAUCUUCAGCAUGGCCUUCUUCCACCUGACCUGGGCCUCUAUCCUCUUCCUGGUGCAGAUUUUCCAGGUUGCGUACUUGGGGCUGACUACUGCGGAGAGGGCCAACCUCAUGAUGCGACAGAGGAAGCUCCCGCAAGGCACGUCUCUGAGGCAGAAUCCCUACAAUUUUGGGGUGCUGCGGAACCUGGUGAACUUCUUCCAGCUGCGCUGCUGUGGCCUGUGCAAGCCCGUGGUGGUGGACUGGACGCAGCAGUACUCUCUGGGUCUGGGGCGGGAUAGCCCCAUGUUCAAUGGCUCCGAUGCGGUCUGACCACCCUUUCUCCCUCGCCCGGCUAAAUGGUUAAGACUGGCCCUAGACUCGUAGAGAAGGAGCCUGUCAACCUGUGGAUCUGUUUACCAUCAGAUGGAUUUAUUUAUUAUGUUUUUUAAAUUUUUGUAAACAAUUGGAGGGAACUCUAAAAGAGAAAACAAAAUGGAGAGAAAAGGGAUGAAUGGGAAGACGGCUGCUUUCGUCAUAUUUGUUUGGAUAUCUGCCUUACACUGUAAAAUGAAAAGGAAAAAUGUACAUACACAUCAAGGGUAUAUAAUCUUAAGUUGCCUUAUAAUGGCUUUGAAUAUAUUUGAAUAUAUACAAAUUGAUUAUUGUUUUUAUAUGUAUUGAAAUAGUUCUAUUUUGAUCUUUGUAAGAUGCAGAACAAUCUUUAAAUGGUAUAUAUUUUACACCUUUUUUGAAAUUCUUUUUUUUUUUUAUAUGUGUAUUGAACGGUAUUGUAUGCUUUUUAAAUCUUGCCUGUUGAAAGUUGCGCGCACUCUGCACAGUCUUUGGGGAUGUGUGUGUCUGCAUCUUGUCGAGAUGAAUGCCUUCUCCCCCCACAUUCCACAGCAUGUUUAUGAAGGAGCCCAGUUCAUUUUGUUACAAAUGUUGUAGACAAGCAAUGCACAUGCUGCCCAUAUAAACCACUAAUCUUCUCUACUGGUGUGUAUCAGCUUCUGUUCAGCAUUCCCUAUUCCCCCUUUUGUGAACCUGCACAUACAGCGAGUUCAUCAGCUGCCAUUGCACACUCUGAGCUUGAGUUGGCAGACAAUACAGUACUCUUAUCAGUGA